AUGAUGCAACCACUUGCUUUAGCAGCUAAUCUAUCAACAUCUCUUUCACUUUCAUUAUUUUAUACUAAUGAAAAUGAGAUUCAUAUUCAAUUCAUUAUUUAUCGAGAUCCAAAUUUAGUUAUAUCACCAAUGACUUUAUUAUAUUCAACUCCUCAUUAUCAAUUAUUCAAUAUAUCAUCUAAUCGUUUCCAUUUGACUGCACUUGGAAAUGCGUCCUUGGAAUAUAAUAUUGAUGUCAUCGUUGAAAUAUUUUCAUUUCUUCGAAGUAUAUUACUUAUACAGUUCUUUCGACGUAUAAAACCUCGACGUUCUCACCAACAACUUUCUCCAUUACGUGAAGCUGUUUAUAAAAUAAAACCACAAUCAAUACCGUAG